GCGCGGCGCGCUGCGCCCAAUGGGCGGGGAACGUGGCGGGGCUGGGCGAGCGCAGAACCAUAAAGGUCGGCAGCUGCGGCGGCGCGCGGCGGCUCAGAGGCGCAUGGAGGCGGAGGGCAGGCGGCGCGGGCGGGCCCGGGGCUGCUGCUGGGCGCUGCCCUGCCUCUAUGGCUUCUUCUGCAACUUGCGGCCCUCUGAGCCCUUCCUCACGCGCUACCUGCUGGGCCCGGACAAGAACCUCAGCGAGACCCAGGUCUUUAAUGAAAUCUAUCCAGUAUGGACGUACUCUUAUUUAGUGCUGCUGUUUCCAGUAUUUCUUGCAACAGACUAUCUCCGGUACAAACCUGUAAUCCUCCUACAGGGACUGAGCCUUAUUGUGACUUGGUUCAUGCUGCUCUAUGCCGAAGGACUAUUGGCUAUUCAGUUCCUGGAGUUCUUCUACGGAGUGGUGACUGCUACAGAGAUUGCCUAUUUUUCCUAUAUUUAUAGCGUUGUGGAUUUGAACGUGUACCAGAAAGUCACCAGUUACUGUCGAAGUGCCACCUUGGUGGGUUAUACUGUGGGUUCCAUCUCUGGACAGGUUCUGGUAUCGGUGUUCAACUGGUCCCUGUUCAGCUUGAAUGUCAUCUCCCUAACAUCUGUGUCUGUAGCUUUUGCCAUUGCCUGGUUUCUGCCAAUGCCUCGGAAAAGUCUUUUCUUUCACCACCUCUCAAGCAGCCAGGUUGCUAGGGAAAUGAAGGUUAUUGACUGUAAAAGUGGAGCUGUUGUCCGAGAUGAUCCUGCGUUACAGAGUGUACCUGGGUGGGAAGAUGAGUCAGAAGUUCCUUUAAAUGUGGAGGCCUGUUCUGCAGAGAAGCAGGAGCAGAAAGUGGACAUCCUCAAAGUGCUCAAAGAGCUAUGGCGGGACUUCCUCCAGUGCUAUUCCUCUCGGCCUAUGCUAUGUUGGUCUGUGUGGUGGGCACUGUCAACCUGUGGCUACUUCCAAGUAAUAAACUACACUCAAGGCCUGUGGGAGAUGGUGCUUCCUGCUCAGAACUCCGAGAUCUAUAACGGUGGUGUAGAGGCUGUUUCAACACUCUUAGGAGCUGUUGCAGUGUUUGCUGUAGGUUACAUAAAAAUACCAUGGGCUACCUGGGGUGAAGUAGCAUUAGCCCUGUUUUCCCUCCUUAUUGCUGCUGCUGUCUAUAUCAUGGAUAUAGUUCGUAACAUCUGGAUAUGCUAUGCAUCGUAUGUGGUCUUCAGAAUUAUCUACAUGCUGCUUAUCACAAUAGCAACGUUCCAGAUUGCUACAAAUCUAAGUGUGGAGCGGUAUGCCUUGGUAUUUGGGGUCAAUACUUUCAUUGCCCUGGCACUUCAGACUGUCCUCACUGUGAUUGUUGUGGACUCCAGAGGUCUUGGGCUAAAUAUCUUCACGCAGUUCAUGAUCUACGCUGCCUACUUUGCAGUCAUAUCAUCUGUGUUCUUGGUCAGUGGUAUGUACAGUAUUAUGAAGAAUUACAGAAGACAGAAGGACAUGCAAAGCAGAUCUGCAAGUCCUAAAUGCACUGAGGACUCGCUUGGAAAUGAAGUAUGAAGAUAUAGAUCUAUUUAUUAGUCUCUGCCACUCUUUCCAAGGCAAUCUGAAUUGUACUUGAAGUGUGUUUAUACUAUAUUAGUAGCUUGCUUUAAAAGGAAAAGUUAUUUAAUUAGAUCUUACGUAAGUAAGAACAAAGUACCUUCUCAUAUGCCUUUUAUACUUCAGUUGCAUGUGUGGGGAGGUACAACAAGUUUGCUCAAGAAAUGAAAGUCUAAUGAGAUCUUAGUCCUGGCACGUGACUCUCAAUAUCAUCCUUAAAUAUAAGGAUGUAAGAGUAUAAAUAUAACUGUUGUACAUCUGCCAGUCUUUGAGCAAGAAAAAUCCAGCUGUGCUGCAGGGCAGCAAUGCAGGGCAUUGGCAGAGCUGUGCAGGGAGCCCAGGGCUGGAAUAGCAGAGGGUGCUGCAGAUUAGGAGUAAGACAUGGUGCCUGUCCUGUGCUGUCAGACGCACACCAAUGAGCACUAAAUACACUUUAGAUUUACGUCUGUAUAUAUGCAUUUCCUCAUCCUGAGUGUGCUAUUUCUGCCCAUUGAGUCAUUCCAGCUGCUGAUGUUGCAAGACAUAGCUGGUCAUGGGUAACUUCCCUCAAGAGCUUUAAUGUGUUCUGGAUUAACUUGCUGGCAUCAAUGAGUUGGCUGUCAGCAAUGUUUUCUUGCACUGUGAAAGUUGUGUUCUCUUACUUCGAAGAUAAUACAGUUCCAGAGGGAAGCUAAUGUGCGCUCUGGCAUAGAGAAUGCUGAUCCUGUGGACCAGGGAAGGUCCUCUAGCCUCUUAUCCUUUUGGACUCUGGACUCCUGUGAUGCAAAGCCAUUGACCCUGAACUGCUGUGGAGGGUGCCAGGGUCAAAUACUAAGAAGAGAACAAAACUGACAUCAGGUUUUUUUUUCUUUUUGGGGGGGAGGGGGCAGAUCUUCAGUUGUUGCCAUAAUGGCUCCUGGGGUUUGUGACUGGGCCUUUACUUACAAUGUAAUAGUUAUCAGCAGUGAGCUAGUCUUCAAAACGCUCAUUUCUUUGGCAUUUUUCCUUUUGACAAGUUACCAGCAGAUGAAGUCCUUCACUUAGCUGACAAGCAAGUGUGAUCCUUCUGAAAACCUUACCUGUGACUUUUGCUUCUGAAGAACUUAGCACUUGCCUGGUCUCUGGCUUGACAAAGGGUUUCAUAGAAUCAUAGAAAAUUAGGGGUGGAAUGGACCUAAGGAGGUCACCUAGUCCAACCCCCUGCUCAAAGCAGGACCAGUCCCAACUAGAUCUUUCCAGCCAAGGCUUUAUCUAGCCGGGUCUUGAAAACUUCUGAGGAUGAUAACCUCUCUGGGUAACCUGUUCUAGUGCUUUUCUGCCCUCCCCCCCCCCCCCCAUGAGACUUUUCCUAAUACUUAACCUAAACUUCCCUUGCAGCAACUUGAGACCAUUGCUCCUUGUUCUGUCAUCUGUCACCACUGAGAACAGUCUACCUCCAUCCUCUUUGGAACCAACCUUCAGGUAGUUGAAGGCUGCUAUUAAAUCCCCCCUAAGUGGGCAUGUCUACAUGUGCAGUUUAAUGCGCAUUAAUCUAUUAUAAUGCAUGUUAAAACAUCACAAGGAAACAUGCUCUUUAGCUAAUGCACAUUAAAAUAAGCUAAUGUGUAUUUUUUUUAGUACCUCACAAUGGGGGGCACUUUUACAUGUGCUCUGGGGGUGGGAGGGGUGGCGUUCUAAUUAGAGCGGCUUCAAGAGCUGCUCUAAUUUAAAGUGCUGAUGCGUCUCCUGUAUCAGUGUCUCCACACUUAAAAAUGGUGGCAGGGGCGCUUAACUAAAGCUCAUUUGAGCUGAAACACAGGACGCCAGAGCACAGUAAUUGCCAUGCUCCAGCAGAUUUGAUGAAUUCAGUCUGCUCCGGUGCCUUGGAAUUCCAGUGCUUUGGAGCAGCCUCCGCAAAGGCUUAUAUCGUGUAUAAGUACGUGGAGGUACUGGAUUUAAUGCGCAUUAAUUGAACAUAUAGAUGCACCCAGUCUUUUCUCCUCUAGAAUAAAUAAGCCCAGUUCUCUCAGCCUCUCCCCAGAAGUCAUGUGCCCUACCCCCUGAACCAUUUUUGUCACCCUCUGUUGGACUCUCUCCAACUUGUCCACAUCCUUUCUGUAGUAGGGGACCCAAAACUGGACACACUACUCCAGAUUUGGCCUCACUGGUGCCAAAUAAAGGGGAAGAAUCAUUUCCCUCAAUCUGAUGGCAACACUCCCACUAAUGCAGCCCAGUAUGCUGUUUGUCUUCUGGGCAUCUCCCAGGACAUACUGUUGGCUCAUAUUCAGCUUAUCAUCCACUGUAAUCCCCAGGUCCUUUUCUGUAAAGCUGCUUCCCAGCCAGUUAGCCCCCAGCCUGCAUGGGGUUGUUCCAUUCUAAGUACACGACUUCACAACUGUCCUUACUGAACCACAGGAGGUUUCUUUUGGUCCUAUCUCAAUUUGUUGAGGUAUCUUCUCUGUGCACUGGAGAAACUUGGGAAGGGAAACAAGUUUGUAGAUGACACCAAGCCGGGGGCGGGGGGGGGGGGGGGGUAGUGGAUUGCUGGAGGGUAGGGCUAGGAUUCAAAUUAGCCUGUUUUAUCUUAAGUUGGGUCUCUCGGGAGAGUGAAUAAAUCUGUGGCAAGCUGCAAGAAUGGAGCCUGUCACUGCAGUACAAUAAGGAGCUGGAGAGCAGGGGAGAAAGGGGGUGAAACCUUGGGAAUCCUGAUAGGGGAAGCUAAGGUCACUUCUCUCCCUCUGAUCCUCUUCUGACCCAGCUGAUUAUAGUGUGUUUAUUCACUGAACCUGCAGAAGCAACUUUAUGUGCAAUUGAAGUUUUACAGGUAUGAUGGAGAGGCAGGCUAUUUCCCUCUCCCUUUUUUCUCUAGUUGGGGAGAGACAUGAUCCAUCCUCAGAAGUAGACCAGCCCCAAGUGAGCCUCAGGCUCUCCUUGGCUUGUCUGCAGAAGAGGGAUGAAUACCGUUUUUUAGUUUUUGAUGUGGGAUCACACUACUUUUGAAGGGAAGGAAGCUCUGCCUUGGGACUCCCCAAGAAGAAGCCUUGCCUGAUCUCCUUCACCCAUAGGACCCCUUAAAGCCCUGGUGUAGUUUCCCUGGUUAUCUGUAACCCCCCACCUCAGAGAGCUCCUUUUUAUCAGCUUCUGAUAAGGGAGCUGUUUUCUUCGAAAGUGGGGGCAGGAGAAAGAGCCGACAUCCCAAACAGCACAGCAGACUGUUCAUCUCUAAACAAGCAGUCUUUAUUGUGCCACUGCAGUUCUCUCUGUCCUCACUCAGACCCUCUCUGUUCUCCCUGGGAAUACUUUUUUUUUUUUUUUUCUCUGCAACUUUCUGUCCUCCUUAGGACUGCCCUUUCUCUACUGUCCAGUUCUUUGAGGCUCUCUUUCCUCUCAGGCACAGUCAACUCACAACAAAAUUGUAUUGCAGAAGUAUUUGGAUAGAGAUGAUAUCUUUUAUUACACCAACUAAAUAGUUGCAAAAAAGUUGUUGCAACUGUUUAGUUGGUCUAAUAAAAGAUAUCACCUCUACCCAAAAAGUUUGUCUGCUUUUUUGCUUAGACCGAUAUGGCUGCAGCCAAGAUCCCUUGUAAAAGUAUAGUAUUCAGAACAGAGGUUAACAGUCACCAAACAACACUAAACAUAAUGCUAAGGGAACCAAUCAGGGAGGAGUCUCUGCAGCUCAACUAUUUAAAACACGCUUACAUCGAGCUACCCAAAGUGUUCCCAACAGAACUGUGGGCUAGCACUCUGCUCAUUUAGCAUUUUUCAUCACAAGUUCACAGAGCCUUUUGUGGGUACCUGUGCAGUGAAACUUACUGGAAGCCAAAUCUAUGAGACUGGUGUGCUAGUAGAGGGGUCCAGAGAAUGAACACGCAUGAACUAAUCAUUCCACCUAGAGUGAUGUUGACUCGUCCCGUUUAGGCUUGACAGAGAAUUAAAACCCUGUAUUUACAUUCGCCCAAACUUCCUGGGUUUUGAAAUCUUGAUCCCGAUGUUUCUGGGGCCUGUCUUUGCUGGCCUUUAAAUAGGUAUCUCAUUAGGGUAGAGACUGACACAACAAUUGUACUGUUAUCAAAGAAUACUGAUAUAAGCUGUUAUGAGCUGUUAAAUCUACAUACUUCUGUAGAAAUGCAAGUGUAGCAAAACUAUUGGAGCUUUAACCCUGUCUCAUUCUGAGUUAUCAUAGAUUCAUAGAUGUUAGGGUCGGAAGGGACCUCAGUAGAUCAUCAAGUCCGACCCCCUGCAUAAGCAGGAAAGAGUGCUGGGUCUAGAUGACCCCAGCUAGAUACUCGUCUAACCUCCUCUUGAAGACCCCCAGGGUAGGGGAGAGCACCACCUCCCUUGGGAGCCCGUUCCAGACCUUGGCCACUCGAACUGUGAAGAAGUUCUUCCUAAUGUCCAAUCUAAAUCUGCUCUUUGCUAGCUUGUGGCCAUUGUUUCUUGUAACCCCCGGGGGCGCCUUGGUGAAUAAAUCCUCACCAAUUCCCUUCUGUGCCCCCGUGAUGAACUUAUAGGCAGCCACAAGGUCGCCUCUCAACCUUCUCUUGCGGAGGCUGAAAAGGUCCAGUUUCUCUAGUCUCUCCUCGUAGGGCUUGGUCUGCAGGCCCUUGACCAUACGAGUUGCCCUUCUCUGUACCCUCUCCAGGUUAUCCGCAUCCUUCUUGAAGUGUGGCGCCCAGAAUUGCAUGCAGUACUCCAACUGCGGUCUGACCAGCGCCCUAUAGAGGGGAAGUAUCACCUCCCUGGACCUAUUUGUCAUGCAUCUGCUGAUGCACGAUAAAGUGCCAUUGGCUUUUCUGAUGGCUUCGUCACACUGCCGGCUCAUGUUCAUCUUGGAGUCCACUAGGACUCCAAGAUCCCUUUCCACCUCUGUGCCACCCAGCAGGUCAUUCCCUAGGCUGUAGGUGUGCUGGACAUUUUUCCUCCCUAGGUGCAGCACUUUGCAUUUCUCCUUGUUGAACUGCAUCCUGUUGUUUUCUGCCCACUUGUGCAACCUAUCCAGGUCUGCCUGCAGCUGUUCCCUGCCCUCCGGCGUGUCCACUUCUCCCCAUAGCUUUGUGUCGUCUGCAAACUUGGACAGAGUACAUUUGACUCCCUCGUCCAAGUCGCUGAUGAAGACAUUAAAGAGUAUCGGUCCAAGGACCAAGCCCUGCUGGACCCCACUGCCCACACCCUUCCAGGUCGAGACCAACCCAUCUACCACGACUCUUUGGGUGCGACCCUCUAGCCAAUUUGCCACCCACCGGACCGUGCAGUCAUCCACAUCACAGCCUCUUAACUUGUUCACCAGUAUGGGGUGGGAUACCGUAUCGAAGGCCUUCGUUAGUUACAGUGAUGUAGCUAACUCUUGUUGCUACAGGGUCAUGCAGACCUAACAGUUAUGUCAUAACAACACUACCAAGUGGGAGCUCCCCUUUCCCCUUUAAAGCAGUUAAAAGGUAUGUUUGCCUGUAGUCUUAGCUGCCUUAUUUUGAAAAAGAAACUUGAAAAUAACCCUUAAAUGUUCUGUUAUCCCCUCUUUUGCUGGGGGAUGGAGGAAGUUUCCUUUUUAAAGGUGAAGUUUUAAGAUAAGUGAAAUGGUGACUAAUAAUGGUGGGAGAGUUGUUUUUGGGAAAGUACAGUAAUGGCAUGGCCUGUGACUGGUGUUUGCACCUCAGCCAGGCCAAGAUGAUAUGGGAAGGUUGGGGGUGUGUGAGGGCAGUUGGGCAUGUUGAGUAAUGAGCAUGAUGGAAGCUCAGUCUUCGAUCGCAUCUGUAAGGAAGGGAGGAAAAAACGGUUUCCUUUUGGGGAACCAUUCACUUAGCACUGGAUCUAAAACCUCAUCUUUAAUUUUGUGAGUAAUGUUUCUAACAGGUGAUGACAAAAUCAAAGUGUCUUUACUACCAAACGUCUUGCCUUGAAGCAAGAACACUGUAGAAUGUUUCUUUACACCAUGUGGAGAUUCAUGCUAAUGAAUGCAGGGCUCUUAAGCUAAGAAAUUCUCUUGAAGCUGAUCCUCUGCAUUGUCACUGUAGUAGCAGGCUGCUAUAGAGAUGGGAGCAGUAGAAAGACUGAAAUGUAAUAGGAUUGUUUGUGAGAGACAGUGGCCUUUGAAGAGAAGCAGGAAUUCAAAUGUACAGAACAUUGCAAAACUGUAUUUUUUGUUCCAAUUGUAAAGCUAUUUUUAUCAAAUAAAGUAUUUUACAGUGUUUCCUAAAAAGA